UUUUAUUCAGAUACUUUGAAGGUAGCCUAGUAUUGAAGCUCAAAAAUCUCUCUCUCUCUCUCUCUAGACUCGCAAUGGCGGCAGUGGCAGUGAACGGAGCGAAACUCGGUACGGCUUCGCAGGCUUACUUGGAAAGCAGAGCAGUGAGCGACACCAAGGUUCUGAUAUCAGACCUGUGCCGCCAGUUCUACAAUCUUGGAUGGGUCUCAGGGACUGGUGGUAGCAUCACAAUCAAAGUUCACGAUGAUUCUGUGCCUAAGCCCCAACAACUCGUAAUCAUGUCUCCCUCUGGCGUUCAGAAGGAGAGAAUGCUACCAGAGGAUAUGUAUGUGUUGUCUCCAAAUGGGUCUAUCUUGUCUACUCCAUCUCCGAAGCCGUACCCACACAAACCUCCUAAGUGUUCUGAUUGUGGUCCACUUUUUAUGAAGAAUAUAGCCAAGAGGCGAUUGAUUUCGCGGAGAAAAAUGUCAAGGAAUCUCAAUUACAAGGCAUAUGAGAUGCGUAAUGCUGGGGCUGUUAUUCAUAGUCAUGGGAUAGAAUCUUGUCUUGUAACAAUGAUCAAUCCAUUAGCAAAAGAAUUCCGAAUUACUCAUAUGGAGAUGAUCAAAGGAAUCCAAGGGCAUGGUUAUUAUGAUGAACUUGUGGUUCCAAUAAUAGAGAACACUGCCUAUGAAUAUGAGCUGACAGAGUCUCUUGCCAAAGCUAUUGAAGCCUACCCAAAAACAACAGCUGUGCUUGUUCGUAAUCAUGGCAUCUAUAUAUGGGGAGACUCAUGGAUCAGCGCUAAAACUCAGGCUGAAUGUUAUCACUAUCUCUUUGAUGCUGCUAUCAAACUUAACCAGUUGGGUUUGGACCCGUCUACUCCAAUCCAUGGUCCUAUACAAAAUGUCAAAGGAGUUUUAGGAAGUGGUAUUCACAGAAACAUAUCUGUGAAUGCUGGGACUGCAGCUUCAGAUAAUAAAUCUGACCCGUCACAACGUUGCAUUGUUCUUGACAUUGAGGGAACUACUACUCCCAUAUCGUUUGUGACUGAUGUUCUGUUUCCAUACGCCCGCAAUAAUGUUGGGAGGCAUUUGUCUGCAACAUAUGACACUGCAGAAACUCAAGAUGACAUAAAGUUGUUGCGCUCCCAGGUUCAAGAUGACCUGGAAAAAGGUGUUGUUGGUUCUGUUCCCAUCCCCUUGGAUGAUGUAGGGAAAGAGGGGGUUAUUGCAGCUUUGGUUGCUAAUGUUGAAUCGAUGAUAAAAGCUGAUCGGAAGAUCACUGCCUUGAAACAGUUGCAAGGACAUAUCUGGAGAACUGGAUAUGAAAAGAAGGAAUUAGAGGGAGUAGUUUUUGAGGAUGUACCAGAAGCUCUUAAGAAAUGGCAUGAUUCUGGCAUAAAGGUGUACAUAUACUCUAGUGGUAGCAGGUUGGCACAGAGACUUAUAUUUGGCAACUCAAACUAUGGGGACCUAAGAGAAUAUUUGUCUGGAUUUUUCGACACCACAGUGGGGAACAAAAGGGAAAGUAGCAGUUAUGCUGAAAUUGUACAAUCAGUUGGAGUUGAUAAGCCAUCACAGGUUUUAUUUGUGACAGAUGUCUUUCAAGAAGCUGUAGCUGCAAAGGAAGCAGGUAAUGAGUUGACUGUUUUACCCCACCCCUCUAGAGAAAAUAUUAAAUGUAAUCAGGUGUAUAAACCCUCCUAUCAACAACCCGGUCAUGUGACUAGCACGUGACCACUUAUUGUUAGACAAUGGUGUAUAAACCUGUAGGAUUUUCUCCCUUUGUGUAUUGGCAAUCCACACUAGGAACCUCUCCCCUACCACAGAUUGGGCUAGGACCUUCCCUACCACCAGUUUCUGUUAUUAUUAGUGUCUGGGAAAUCGGUAGGUGCUCACAAGAGUUCUGGAUAGUGCCUAUGCGGACCUUGUCAUCCUUAGAAUGGGGAUAUGAGUAUGCUUGCAAAGGGCAUGGCAUCAUACACUAUCAUGGUAAAAGGUCUAGCAAUGGCACUGUUUCAACAUUACAAUUCUUAUGUACUUUAGAAGGAUAAAUAAAUAAUUUAUUGUUCUGAA